AUGCUAACUCGAAUAGCACAGACGGAUAUUAUUGAACAGAUCGGUAGAGAUCUGACCAAUAAAACAAUUCAUGAAAACAACGCGACAUGGAUUCAUAAUCAACUUGGCUUAUUUAAAUACCAACAAGGUCAAUAUGAAGGCGUCAUAAUAUUGUAUGAAAAAUCUCUCGAAAUACUACUUGAGUCAUUUCCUUCUAAGCAUCCCGAUAUGGUAUCGUCCUACAGCAACAUUGGUUUGAUAUAUUUUGAAAUGAACGAUUUUUCAACGGCACGUAUAGCAUAUGAGCAGAUUCUCCAAAUUCAACGACAAUCACUCCUUCUCAAUAAUCGUUCUGCGUUGGCUGCAUCGUACAACAACUUUGGUUUAGUGUAUCAUAGAACGGGCGAUUAUUCGGCGGCUCAUUUGUUUUUCAAAUACGCUCUGCAAAUUUGA